AUGCCCAGCGCCUCGGAGUCUAAAAAAAGCCAAUCUAAAGUUCUUCCUUCAAGGAUGAGUAUUGAGGUUCAACAGUCGCCGUCCGCUGAAACUAUUCCUUCGACACCAUCCGCUGAGGUUAAUAGCAGCCCGCAAGUCUUGGCCUCUUUGACCGAGAAACUGAUGGAAGGCGGAGGGAAUGGUGGAAAGGCAAUUACUUCGGUCACAGAUUGCUUCGCUGCACUUGCAUCAAAAUUGAACCAGUCAGACGCAACUAAUUGUGCUGCCACUGUUCAGAUGCCAGCUGAGCCAAAAAUGUCCAACAUUGAUUUGUGCAAGCUCCUGGACACUUUGACCACAGGUCAGGUACCUCCGCAUUCAACGGAUAAUGCUCAUCUGCGGUCCCUUUUGGCGGGGUCUGCUGCCCCCGUCGUAAAACCGGAAGCUCCAACUUCCGCCGUGAGUAACGGUCAGCUGCUGCAACUCCUGAGAACCUCACUUGCAACAUCGGGCGACACCUUGUCUGUUAACGGUGGCUGUCAGUUGUUGAGCAUUCCAUUCUCGCCACCGGCUCUACCGAUCGCUGCAGCCACGCCAGCCGUUCCCCAAAGCGAUCUUUACCUCCUCCUCCAGUCGGCUAUCCUCCGACAAAUGCAGCAGCAACAAACCGCUAUACUGGGUGGGACAAUGGAUCCCCAACCAACCGCCCCGAAUUUCCACAGCACCGCCGCCCCGUUUCCUCCCGCUGCUGUCUACGGAUUCCCCACGACCGCCGCCCAGUCUACUCCUUCUGUGGCCACUUCAGGCGAUGGUUCUCUCGAUGCGCUCAUGUUGACAAGUCGUUUGCAGCAGACCAUUGCCGCCUUAACUACUCCUGUGACUGGCGCCCCUCCUAUUGCCCUCCUCAGCCUUGAGCCUGCCCCCUCUGCUCCCGUGGUGGCCAUUACCUCACCUUCGAGUCAGGCGCACCCGACGAAUCCUCCCUCAGCCGAGCACCUGAUGGCAGCCCUGGGCAUUUUGGGGCUGGGAAACAGUACAGCUGCCUCCAGUGCAAAUAAUGGCGUCGUCACAACAACUACAACGUCAGCACCAACCACCAUUGUAAAUGCGAAUGAGCUGCUCAAUCAACUUUACAAUGUGAAACAGGACGAGUUGAAAAACACAGAACCUAUUGUGAGUAAGGAGUCCAAACCGAAUGCCGCUGUUGCGCCAUCCAAAUCUUCAACGCCGCCACAGACGGUGCUUGUGCCAUCGCCUAAUACUUCAUCUGCCAUCAGUCCAGCAACCUUCUCAGCUCGUGGCGCGAGGAACAGCGAUGGAACUGUUGAACCGUGUCUCGUUUGUGGUGAUGUUGCUUCAGGUCGUCACUAUGGUGUUAUCUCGUGCGAGGGCUGCAAAGGUUUUUUCAAGCGUUCCAUCCGUGGCCAUGUGAACUACGUGUGUCGCAGCAACAAACACUGCGUUGUGAACAAGGCCUUCCGAAAUCGGUGUCAGUACUGCCGGAUGCAGAAGUGCCUGAUGGUGGGCAUGCGGUCGGAGGCGGUGCAGACAGAGCGACGACUGAGCACCUCAAUGGUCUCCGCUUCCUCGUCGCCUUCUCUGGGGGCGGCAGUUGGGUCGGGCCAGUUCACGCGUCUCAAACUCGACUCCGACCAGCCACCGCUGCUGACGAGUUCGCACAACGAUGACAGUGGCGGUGGGGUGGGUGUUGGUGGGGAAAAACAAGCCCAAACAUCCUCAUCUACGUCAUCAUCGCCCCUUCCACCAGUUCCACCAGUUUCCCCAGAGGGUCCACAAACAGACGCCGCGGACCUUAAGCCCGCACCCCCGCAACCGUCGCAACAGCAGGUCAAUUUGAACGAAAUCGCGGCAAUUUUGGCAGCGCAACAGAGGGUCCUGCCCGCCGCUGUUGCGCCGAUUCCAGUCUCAAGAAGUCCUGGCAACGUGAACACGAUUUACAACGCUCUCCUUGCCUCCACCAUGACCUCGCUUGCUUCGCGACUAUCAGACGCCUCCUCGUCGCAAACAACCACCCAGACACUUCUGCCCCCACCACUACCCCCAGCAAACCGAUCCACAAACCUUUUGAACCUUCUGCGUACGAAAGUGGAUCCCGACCGGCCAGAAGUUCCGCCUCAAGCCGCUGUAACGUUCACUUCUGAGAAUGGAGGCAGUGGAGGGGCAUGUGCCGGGGGGGAGUCUGUGGCUUCAAGUGAUUUCGGUAGGGCAUUAGUGUCAAAUCAUCUGCUCCACGAGAAGCGUUAUUUAUUCCUAGAAAUGACGGUUCUUCAACCUGCGACCACGAACCACACUGCUAACGUCAUUGGGCAAAUCAGCCUUCAAUCACAGCAGCAACAGCCGCGGCCAAGCCCGGUCUCCAGCAAUGCCUCUUCGUCCUCCUCUCGACCCACCAGCAGAAAUUCUCGGAAGCGACGAAGCAACAGCAGCACGAGCAAUGUGGCGUGCCGGAAACGACCCAGUUAUGCACUAAAUUCCCCAGGCGCCCCUGCGGCAGACUCCAAUCCCUCCGCAGACCCGAAUCCCCCCACUGAGAGCCCUCCUCUCAACGAGAUGGCCUCUCGUGUUCUUCGGGUUACUGUGGAUUGGUUGAGACGCUGUGGACCACUAGAUCAGCUUCCUUCUGAUGUCCAAAACGAGCUCAUCUCCUUUUCGUGGGUGGACCUAUUUCUGUUGGGUCUUUGUCAGAUGUUCGGAAGAAGACUGAAUACCCUGCGAGUGGAACUUUCCAGUCCUCGUCAGGAUGCUACCAGUGGGAAUGCUUGUUGUCCCAUGAAGACUGACCUCAACUCGGUUAUAGCUGACUUUAGCAGAGCGGAGGUAAUAGCUGAGGAAUACACGUACCUCCGGUACAUGACUCUCUUUAAUCCUGGAGGAAUCAAGGCUCAGGACCCCACUGUUCUGGCUCGUGUUCGCGAUAUCGAGCAGAGAAUUCAAACGGAGUUUGCGGUAUUCCUUAGCAACAGCGCUUCACAAGCAGCAAACGGCGAUGGGGGUCCGGGCAGUCAGAGGCUAUCCGAGGUUCGGACCACCUCCCGGGGCCUCCGGCUGAUGGGUCUGGUUUGCGGUCUUCGCCGAGUCACCAGCGCGGACAUUGGCCGGAUUUUCUUCCCAGAUGUGCCAUUGUUUGACAAAGUCAUCGAGGACUUGUUGCAGUCGGGAUGCAGCAAAAGUGCCACACACCCUCUGAACGCCACCACCCAGCCCCCUGCUCUCGAGCCCCCACAAACACCCAACACGCCCGGUCCACAGGGCCAGGAUGUUGUAAACGAGGCGGCCGAGAGUCGCCCCGCUCCGAACCCCACGGAGGACGAGGUGAGUGAAGACGAUCCUCCGUUGAAAAUUGAAGAACCGCAAUAA